AUGUCUCUUCAGCUUCCUGGUUGUGCUGUUGCGCGCGUGAAAUCAACCACAUGCUCGCCGCGUGCACGAAGAGUCAAAACUUUCGCUACUCUGUCGCAACCCCAAAACGACGGCGUUAACUGGGUAGAAGCAACUUCAAGCUUCUUCGAGCAAGACAAAAGACCCAUCAUGUUAUUCGACGGUGUAUGCAAUUUGUGUAAUGGAGGAGUAAAGUUUGUUCGUGAUAAUGAUCGAAAUAAGACAAUUAGAUAUGAAGCUCUUCAGAGUGACGCUGGUAGGAUGUUACUUAAGAGAUCAGGAAGAGCUCCUGAUGAUAUCUCAAGUGUUGUUCUUGUUGAAAUUAAUAGAUCAUACAUAAAGUCAGAAGCUGUGCUGAAGAUAAUGGAAUACAUAGACUUACCCUUUCCUCAGCUAGCCUUUCUUCUUCACUUCAUGCCUCUGUUUGUCAGAGACUUUGUUUAUGACAACGUUGCAAAUAAUCGUUACACUGUUUUCGGUCGCUCUGAGUCAUGUGAAAUCUAG